CCGCCGAAACGGAGACCGGAGCCGCGAGCGCCACCAGGGCAGCAACCGCCGCAGCCGCCGCCGCUGGGCUGAGGAGUCGGAGACGCAGGCGGACGAGGUGGCGGCGGCGGCGGAGCGGGAGCGGGGACCGGGAGCGGGCAGAGCGCGGCGGCGCGGGUGUAUUCUAGAGAACAAGUCUUCAAACACCUUUGCCGUAUUGACUCUGAGCUGUCAGGGGACUCAGGCUUAUGAGGAGGUACUGUCACAGAAAACAGUGUCUAGUGAAGACGACAAGAAAGAGGGAAAAGGAUCGGAAGAAGAAGCUAAAAUACUGUAGAAAACCAUGAGAUCUAUUAGAUCUUUUGCCAAUGAUGAUCGCCAUGUUAUGGUGAAACAUUCAACAAUUUAUCCGUCUCCGGAGGAACUUGAAGCUGUUCAGAAUAUGGUGUCUACUGUUGAGUGUGCUCUUAAACAUGUCUCGGAUUGGCUGGAUGAAACAAAUAAAGGCACAAAAGCAGAGGGUGAGACAGAAGUGAAGAAGGAUGAGGCUGUAGACUCCUAUUCCAAGGAUCAAGGUGGUCGGACAUUAUGUGGUGUAAUGAGGAUUGGCCUGGUUGCAAAAGGCUUGCUGAUUAAAGAUGAUAUGGACUUGGAGCUGGUUUUAAUGUGCAAAGACAAACCCACAGAGACCCUGUUAAAUACAGUCAAAGAUAAUCUUCCUAUUCAGAUUCAGAAACUCACAGAAGAGAAAUAUCAAGUGGAACAAUGUGUAGAUGAGGCAUCUAUUAUAAUUCGGAAUACGAAAGAACCCACGCUAACUUUGAAGGUGAUACUUACCUCCCCUCUAAUUAGGGACGAAUUGGAGAAGAAGGACGGAGAAAAGGUUGCGAUGAAAGAUCCUCCGGACUUAUUGGACAGGCAGAAAUGCCUGAACGCCUUGGCGUCUCUUCGACAUGCCAAAUGGUUUCAGGCAAGGGCAAAUGGAUUAAAAUCAUGCGUAAUUGUCCUCCGAAUUCUGCGUGAUUUGUGCAACAGAGUCCCCACAUGGGCACCAUUAAAAGGAUGGCCACUAGAGCUUAUAUGUGAAAAGUCUAUAGGUACUUGUAAUAGACCUUUGGGCGCUGGGGAGGCCUUGAGACGAGUAAUGGAGUGUUUGGCAUCUGGAAUUCUACUUCCUGGGGGUCCUGGUCUUCAUGAUCCUUGCGAGAGGGACCCAACAGAUGCUCUGAGCUAUAUGACCAUCCAACAAAAAGAAGAUAUUACCCACAGUGCACAGCAUGCACUCAGACUAUCAGCCUUUGGCCAGAUUUAUAAAGUGCUGGAAAUGGACCCCCUUCCAUCUAGUAAGCCUUUUCAGAAAUAUUCCUGGUCAGUUACUGAUAAAGAAGGUGCUGGGUCUUCAGCUCUGAAGAGGCCAUUUGAAGAUGGAUUAGGGGAUGAUAAAGAUCCCAAUAAGAAGAUGAAACGAAACUUAAGGAAAAUUCUGGAUAGCAAAGCAAUAGACCUUAUGAAUGCACUAAUGAGGCUAAAUCAGAUCAGGCCUGGGCUUCAAUAUAAGCUCUUAUCUCAGUCUGGCCCUGUCCAUGCCCCAGUCUUCACAAUGUCUGUAGAUGUGGAUGGUACAACAUAUGAAGCCUCAGGACCAUCCAAGAAAACAGCAAAACUUCACGUAGCAGUGAAGGUACUGCAGGCAAUGGGAUACCCAACGGGCUUUGAUGCAGAUAUUGAAUGUAUGAGUUCCGAUGAAAAGUCAGAUAAUGAAGGCAAAAAUGAAACAGUGUCUUCAAACUCAAGCAAUAAUACUGGAAAUUCUACAACUGAAACCUCCAGUACCUUAGAGGUAAGAACUCAGGGCCCUAUCCUCACAGCAAGUGGCAAAAAUCCUGUAAUGGAGCUCAAUGAAAAAAGAAGAGGUCUUAAGUAUGAACUCAUCUCGGAGACUGGUGGAAGCCAUGACAAACGCUUUGUAAUGGAGGUAGAAGUAGAUGGACAGAAAUUCAGAGGUGCAGGUCCAAAUAAGAAAGUGGCAAAGGCAAGUGCAGCUUUAGCUGCCCUGGAGAAGCUGUUUUCUGGACCCAAUGCAGCAAAUAAUAAGAAAAAGAAGAUUAUCCCUCAGGCAAAGGGUGUUGUGAAUACAGCUGUGUCCGCAGCAGUCCAAGCUGUUCGGGGCAGAGGAAGAGGAACUCUAACAAGGGGAGCUUUUGUUGGGGCCACAGCUGCUCCUGGCUACAUAGCUCCAGGCUAUGGAACACCAUAUGGUUACAGCACAGCUGCCCCUGCCUAUGGUUAAUACUUUUAAGCAGUUUUCAGCACGUUUAUCUCACUUUAUUCUCGUUCUCCUUGGACCUUCGUAGCCAUAUCACUUGUAUAAAAUAGGCUGAGAUAUAGUGACUGUAAGCUGUGGUCUCAGUAUACAAAGGUAAGCGCUUUUAUUUUCUGAUUAAAGAGAAAAUUAAAAAUCGAUGAACACAACAUGCAUAUAUGACAAUCAUAUAUGAUGUAUUUGAUCUCUUAGGUCUUAUCUCAUCACAUUACUUUAACAUUUUUAAUGAUCUAAAUGUGAAAUAGUUAUUUUCAGCAUUUUGUUUUUAAUACCCUUAUAAUUACUUUCUCUUUGAGAGACAUUUCACUUUUGAGUUAAGUGUGUGUAUGUGUAUAGAAACUUAUAACGUAUAUGCGAAUUACACACACUUACCUGUUUAAAUAAAAGAAUUUGGUGGUGGGAAGUGUUCACCUAAGAAGAUUUUUACGUCAGGGCAAAAAGUGCUGGAAUUUCAUAAGCAGCAAGGUUGGUAACAGUGCCGGUAGGACCCAUCUAUAUGUAGCUGUUACAUAAGCUGAGGAUCCAAGUGCCAAUUUCUCAAGGAGAGAGACUUCUCUGAGAAAUGAGUAUCUCUGAUCUGUGUUGUAUGCCCUAAUACAACAGCAGCAAGAAGCCAUAAAAAAAAAAGCAAUAGCAAGUGAAAAAAACCAAACUAUUAAGGUAACUAUGGAAAAAUGUAAAAUUGACUGAGUUAAGCUAAGUAUUUGCAGAAUCAAUUACGGCAAGACUCAGAAUGGCAAAUGCCUGGUGUGCAGAGGCCGGCAGAUGUAGGCAAUUCGUCUCUCUUUCCAGAUUAGACAUGAUUUAUCUCCCACCUGAUUCAGCCGUCAUGGAGUUCAUUUAAAAGAUGUGAGGGUCAGGCCAAAUAUUUUUAAAAGGAUUUGCUUCUUCGUUACGUGUAUUCAUUCCAUAAAUGCAUUUCAUAUGUGUCAGAUGUUCUGUGCUAAGGUUGUACUUGAUAUAUAUAUAUAGAUAGAUAGAUUGAUUAAAAUGAAGUUUAUGUUUUA